UCAAAGCUGCAACCACACUGCGGUUGGUUUUAGUCUUGUCUAGCAGGUGAACAAAUCCUUUCGCUGAUUCAGAGACCAGAGUUUGUAGAAUGAUUAUUUUGGGCAGCAAACACCUGGUUUUGUGCUGCAAUCUUCUCGUUUGUCUCCUCUUCGGUAAUGUGUCUGCAGAGAUAGUAAUAGCCACCAUGGGAACAGAUGUGACUCUAACGUGCAAAUAUGAUGCUCACUACUAUGGUAAGCUGUCUGUAUGUUGGGGUCGGGGGGCCAUUCCCAACAGAGGAUGUGCCAACGAGGUGAUCAAGUCAGACGGUGAAUCAGUGAUCAGCAGACUGUCGGAGCGUUACCUGCUCGUGGGUGAUCUGGGUGAGGGUGAUGUGUCUCUGACCAUCAGGCAAGUAGAGGAGAGUGAUUCAGGGAUGUACGGCUGUCGUGUGGAUAUACCCGGCUGGUUCAAUGACCACAAACAUCAGCUGACUCUCACAGUAAAUGCAGUGCGGCCUAAUCCCCUGAGGAUAGAGACGAGGGAGGUGAAGGAAAGAACGGUCACUGUUCGCUGGACUCCUGUGUUUGAUGGCGGCAGGCCCAUUACAGCCUACAAGAUUGAUCUAAAAAACAAACAGGCAUCCUGGGAUACUGCAGUGAGCACCGAUAUGCCAAAUCCUGAAUUGACUCAGGUGACUUUAGUGGAUUUGCGUCCAUCCAAGACCUACAACCUUCGCAUGUUUGCCAUGAACAACGUGGGGAUGAGUGAAUCCAGCAACGUUCUCACAGUCACAACCAAAGAAGCAGCACCAGAAGGCCCUCCGUUGGAUAUGAAGCUAGAGGCCCUCAGUUCAAACAGCAUCAGAGUUACUUGGAAGCCUCCGAAGGUCGAUCUCAGAAACGGCGUCCUGCGGAGUUACAGCAUCAGCUACAGAGAGUACGACCCGGCAGGCAGACAGUUUAAACGGUGGCAGCAUUUAAGUGUGAUAGCCACACGUGAAGUGGAAAGCAUCAUCCUGCAGCAUCUGAAGCCGUCUAUGAUGUACGGCGUCCUCAUACAGGCCAAAACAAAUGCAGGAAUAGGUCCUGCCUCAACUGCACCUCUCUGCUCCACUCUGAAUGAAGUUCACAAAACCACAGAUGCAACUGGUAUGUCUUCUUCCACUGCUGCCACAAUAAAGAUGCAAGGUUUUACUUCAGUUCGCACAACUUCAACACCUGAGACAUUAUCUGCAACUACAGUCUGGGAACAAAGCACCGCAAGUAUCACUUCAGCUGUGUGCUGCCUAAUGACCCCGGAUCCCCCAGUAGUUGAAUUAAAGGAGAUAAAAGACAACACAAUUUCUCUUUCUUGGACUGUUGGAUUUGAAGGCGACAGCCCUGUCACUGGCUACUACCUGGAGUACAAAGCAGCAAAUGCUUCAUGGGAUUACACAAAGACUGUUGUUGACUUCGGCCCCAACCAGACAGAGGCCACGAUAAUAGAGAUAAAUCCCUCAACAUACAACAUCCGCAUGUUUGCUAAGAACAGUCUGGGCACCAGCAGAGCCAGCAAUAUCCUCACUAUCACCACUGGAGAAACAGUUCCUCCUAGCUGCUUUCCUUUGUGGGUGUGCCUGACAGGUCAUCAGAGGAACAAUCUCAUCACCACCUUCUUACCUGAUACUGAUACUGUGGUGAGUGUAGAUGGGAGUCACAGCAAUCAUCUGGCUGCCAUCGUUGUGCCGGUGGUACUGGUGAUGCUGGCUGUCGCCGUGGUAAUCACAUGGCAGCUUCGACGUAUAAAAGAGAAAAAAACCAACCUGAACAUGUGGCUGAGCAAUGGAGCGCUGCGUUACCGAGGCGCUGAGUCACUACAAGAGCUGUAAAACUGCGUUAUUUUGCACAAGAUUGCAAAACUCACAAAGAAGUGUUACUUUUUUUUUUUUUUAAAUUAAAUCUUAAAAGGAAAUUUCUGUUUAUUUUGUCAUGUAGCAAAAGAAACCAAAUCUGCAAAAUCUUUACCUGCAUGUUUAGCUGAUUAAAACUAA